AUCCAGCCCCUCCCAUCUCCGUGACGCCACUGAGGGUCCUUUCCGGCAGUGGAAACACUCAUCUCCUUGGAACCCUAUCUGCGUAUGUUUGUGCCUGCGGGUCGGAGUGUGAGCUAAGCAACUGGAGGGUAUAUUCACAACAUGCUGAAUUUUUUCCGAAAAAGUCAAGAUUCAAAGAAAAGCACUGCCCAAGACAAAGAGAGUGAUGGUUUUGUUUUCCUGGGACAACCAGCUAAUGAACAGAGAAAUGAUACACCUCUGUAUCCUGUGCCAGAACUCCCAUACAGCCAGCCUUUCCAGGCAUGCCCAGACGUUCCCCAGCAGUUCAAUAGGGAGGAUCCUGGAGCCAACAAGGUUACCCACCAGACUUCAGAAGGGAAUGCUGCCAUGGCUGAGCUUCUCGGUGAUAUCCCCUUCAUAUUAGCUCCUCAUGUGCAAGAACUGCAGAACAUGUGUAGGGAACUUCCAGAGAGAGUCCCUUUCUAUAACCUUGAAGAAAAUUUUGCAAGAUUUCACUACGAUUUCAGUUUGGAGAAUUCUGUGCUUUGUGGCCUCUAAGCCCAGUGUUCAGUGGAAUGUUUCCCAUUUAUCCAUGCACAUGGGUAAGGAGACUCAUCAUCAGCAGGCUGUCAAAUAGGUUCUCUGUGUGAAAUACCUCUAGUGGUAUGAGAAUUAUCAACAAUGACUUUUUAUCUUUACUUCAGAUACUAAAUCAUUUCCGUUUUUUGUUAAACUGUCAGUAAGAGAAUAAAAGAUAUGAAAGUUGCACAGAGUAAAUGUAGAGCAAAAUCAGUGCAAAUUGGGAUUGUGUAUGAUGAAUGUACAUGGACUUGUUUACAAAUAUGCCUCCUUGCUGGUUCCAGUACCUUUAUUGCAUGGCAAUUUAUUGUGUUAAUUACCUUCUAAUUCACUUUCUGGUUCUUCAUGAUUUCCACCAUUAUAAAUUGGUGGUUAGUGAUGUCGCUUGUAUCACAUGAUUGAAACUUGUAUAUUAUAAUAAUGACAUUUUAGGGCUCUGGCACAUGGGGAGAUUAGUCCCCCGCGACAAAAUUGCCUGUUCGCGGGCGACUAAUCUCCCCGGAUUGCCAUCCCACCGGCGAAAAUGUAAAUCGCCGGUGGGAUGGCAUACGCGGCGGCGCGAUUUCACUGAAAUUGCGCCACCGUGUAUGCCAUCCCACCGGCGAUUUACAUUUUCGCCGGUGGGAUGGCAUUUCGGGGAGAUUAGUCGCCCGAGACACAGGAGAUUUGUCGCGGGCGACUUAUUUCCCCGUGUGCAAGCUCUUGCUUUUACAUGUGGGACUGCAGUUAUCUAUUUAGAGCAGGGUAUGUUGAUUGUACCAGACCAAUUGCUUUUUUUUUUUCAAGGACUGUUUACUAAACCUUUUCAGAUUUUCAUUAUCAUUUUAGUCUGAAAGGUGAAAAAAGGACUAGAAAACUCAAGGAAUGUGCUGCCCUGCAACAUGUAUUUAUUAGACCUGUUUAUAAAAUUUGAAGUGAUCUGAUCACCUUUAGUUAAUCUAU